AUGGCCACCCACCUCCCCACGCCCCCCGCCGAGCCCCUCGUCCGCGCCGCCCAGGCCACCGUCUACCUCCACACCCCCUUCCACCCCGCAUCCGAAGCCUACGCUGCCACCCGCUUCGCCCGCCUCCUCCGGCCGAGCGACGGCCCAUGGGAAGUACUCAUGCCCCAGAUCGAUGCCAUCCUACUUCGAACGGGCAACGUAACCUCCGACAUGGUCAAAGCCGCCCCCAAAUGCCGUAUCAUCUCCCGCAACGGUACCGGCGUCGACAACGUCCCUAUCCAAACCUGCCUCUCCCAAUCCAUCGCCGUCACCAACGUCCCCGGCGGCAACGCCAAAGUCGUCGCCGAGCUCGCCCUCACCCUCAUGCUCACCGUCCUCCGCCGCGUGCUCGAAGUCGACCGGCGGAUCAGGAGCGGCGAGUGCGUGCCGUCCAUCAAAGCCUUGAGCCCGGGGCUGUUUGGUAAAGUCGUAGGUCUCGUCGGCAUGGGCGAUAUCUCGUACGAAGUCGGAAAGCUCGUCCUGGCGUUCGGCUGUCAACUCGUCGUCUUCUCCCCCACUUCCCCUCCUACCCGCUGGACCUCCUCCUCCUCCGACGCGCGCUCCCAGAACCAAACGCCCCUCCCCCACACCCGCGCUUCCUCCCUCGAAGACCUCCUCCGCCAAGUCGACGUCGUCUCCCUCCACUGCCCCCUCAACGACAGCACGCGCAACUUGAUAGGAGAGAAGGAGCUCGGGUGGAUGAAGGACACGGCGGUGGUGAUCAACACCGCGCGGGGCGGGAUCGUAGAUGAGCGCGCGUUGGAGAGGGCGCUCAAGGCGAAAAAGCUGGGAGGAGCGGGGUUGGAUGUGUUUGUGGUUGAGCCGGCGUACGGAGAGUCUUUGGGCGGGUUGAGAGAGCUGGACAAUGUGGUUCUGUUGCCUCAUCUCGGCGGCAGCACAGACAGCAUCACUCUCGACGGCUGCAACACAGCUAUCGACAUCAUGGCCGAUUAUCUCGACGGCAAGGGCGCCAUCAACCGCGUCGUAUAG